AUGAGUAAAGGAUAUAUUAAAAUCAUUUUUUCUCUUUUAAUCUCAUCUACAUAUAUGAGCAAUAAAGCUCUUGCAAGUGGGGAUAACUCAGAUAUUAAAGAUUUACGAGGAUUUCCUCAAUCCCCUAACACGCCUAAUUUGGGCAAUGAUUAUCCAGAAGGAACAAAUGAACAAGGUCCCUUCGACUUAUGUAUGGAUCCUGGAGAAACUAAAACAGCAGAAAAGCUUAUGGAUGAAGCUAAACAGUUGUUACAACACCAUGCUGUAAGUACGAAUGAUUACAAAUUGCAUCACAAACACGAUGAGGAUUCAAUUCAAUAUUCUAAGAAACAUGGAAAUACAAUCAUUUAUAAAUUUAAUCAUAAAAUUAAAUAUCCCGAUAAGUAUAAUGAUAUAAUAGACAUGCUAUGGAAUCCAAAUGUCAAAUAUGCUGAUGAUAAAAAUAUUAAAGAAAAAGUUGUAUGUGAAUAUUCUCCAAAUUUAAUGAUGAUCCAACACCGUUACAAAAAUGAUUAUAUAUUUCUCCAUGGAUAUUACUAUGCUUUAGCCAAAAAAAUUAAAGUUUCAGACGACACAACUAUAAUUGUAUAUACAUCAUCUGAUAUAGAUGACCAUAACAGUGUCGAUAAAAAAAAAUAUACAAACACUAUUGUAGAAAGUGCAAACUUAUUCAAACCAAAAAUUUAUUCAGAAAAGGAUAUUAGAAAUGGAGAAUUGACAAAAAUGUUUGUUAACUUAUCUGGAUAUAUAAUUCAGAAAAAAAAGGAUUACGUUGAUAUUACCUAUCUCGACUCUAUUAAUAUUAAUAAGCCUAUGUUUGAAGAAUUAUUAAUUGGAAUAGUUCAUUCAUCACAAAUACUAAAUAUUCUGAGGUUAACCACCAUAAUUGCCAUGAAAUAA